AUGAACUCAGGGUUCUGGAACGUGCCGGUGGAGGAGGGGUGCAAGGCGCUCGCCGCCUUUAUAACUCCGACUGGCCUUUUCGAGUUCAAUAUCAUCCCACUCGGCAUCAAAAACUCGCCCGCUGAGUUCCAGCGCGCAAUGGAUUCCUGCUUCGCACCGCUGCUGGGGGAGAAUGCGUUCUGCUACAUUGACGACAUCGUCAUUUGUGGACAGGACUUUGAUAGCGUACUGCGGCGGGUUGAGCUCUUCCUAGAACAGUGCAGGAAGACCGGGUUCUACUUGCGCCUGGACAAGAGCGAAUGGUUCAAGGAUGAAGUGAAAUACCUCGGGCACGUCGUCGGCCGGACGGGCAUAAAGGUCCAGGAGAAGAAAUCUCGAGCAAUCGUCAACGCACCGGCCUCCACCAACAAGAAGGAGCUACAAAGCUUCUUGGGGAUGUGCGGCUAUCUGAGACCCUUCACCCCCCCGAGUUCUCACACAUCACGGCGUCGAUAUUCGACCUGCUAA